CGAACUGAAGCGCCAUGCACGCCGAUUUGUACACUCUCAAGUGAAAACAAAGUCUGCUAAAUUAUACAUUUUCUAAGUUUCUCAGUGUUUUGAGGAGGGUGGUCGAUGCUUGGUGAUUAACCUUGAGCAAAGACGCCACUCGCUGCGAUCUGCAAACAUGGAUCAAGAUCUUUAUGAUGAGUUUGGUAACUACAUCGGGCCGGAGCUAGAGAGCGAUGAGGAAGACGAAGACGAAGAUGUGGGUAGAGGUGGCGGAAUGGAAAUAGAUGACAAAGAGGAUGAUGACGCCGAAAUGGAUGCAGAAGAUGAUGAGAUUCCACAAAAUCAAGUUGUCCUUCAUGAAGACAAGAAGUAUUAUUCAACAGCCGAGGAAGUGUAUGGUCCAGAAGUCGAGACGGUGGUGCAAGAGGAAGAUGCUCAGCCUCUCACAGAACCGAUCAUCGCACCGGUUAAGAAGAAGAAGUUUGCACUCGUCGAGCAGCAGCUUCCGGAGACCGAGUACCAGAUGGAGUUUCUCGCUGACCUGAUGGAUUGCUCGGACCUAGUGAGGAACGUUGCUCUAGCUGGUCACCUCCACCAUGGCAAGACGUCAUUCGUUGACUGUUUAAUGGAGCAAACUCAUCCAGACGUCGUCAAACGGGAAGCAAAAGACAUCCGAUACACCGACACGUUGUUCACAGAACAAGAGCGCGGACUUAGCAUCAAGAGCACGCCGGUUACCAUGGUGAUGAACGACGUGCGGGGAAAGUCGUUCCUGCUAAACGUCUUUGAUACGCCAGGGCAUGUGAAUUUCAGCGAUGAAGCGACAGCAGCCUUUAGGCUCUGCGACGGUGUCGUCAUAUUUGUGGAUGCAGCCGAGGGGGUGAUGCUGAACACAGAGCGCCUUGUGAAGCACGCGGUUCAGGAGAGGCUGGCUAUCACUGUCUGCAUCAACAAGAUCGACCGACUCAUCUGUGAGCUGAAGCUGCCGCCGACAGACGCCUACUACAAACUCAGACACAUCGUCGAUGAGAUCAACGCGCUGCUCAGCACGUACUCGGACGAAAACGACGAGAUGGUUGUGUCUCCGUUGCUAGGCAACGUCAGCUUCAGCAGCUCACAGUACGGCUUCUGCUUCUCGCUCGUCUCGUUUGCGAAGAUCUACUCUGAUUCCUACGGUGGCCUCAACGAGUAUGAGUUUGCGAAGCGUCUGUGGGGCGACAUCUACUUCAACAGCAAGACGCGACGCUUCAGUAAGAAGCCAGCCGUCAGCACGGCGCAGCGCAGCUUCGUUGAGUUCAUCCUCGAGCCGCUCUACAAGAUCUUUGCACAGGUGAUCGGUGACGUGGACACGACACUGCCCAAGGUACUGGACGAGCUCGGCAUCUACCUGAACAAACACGAGAUGAAGAUGAACAUACGGCCGCUGCUGCGACUCGUCUGCCAGAAGUUCUUCGGCGAAUUCACCGGCUUCGUCGACAUGUGUGUGCAGCACAUACCGUCGCCGAGAGCCAACGCCCGGCGUAAGGUCGAACACAUCUACACCGGACCGAUGGACACGGAGCUCGCCGAGGCAAUGUUCCAGUGUGACAGCGAGGGUCCCCUCAUGGUGCACACGACGAAGCAGUAUCCGACGCAGGAUGCGACAGCCUUCCACGUGUUUGGCCGCAUCCUCUCCGGCACGCUGUACGCCGGCCAGGAGAUCCGUAUCCUCGGGGAGAACUACAGCCUCCAGGACGAGGAAGACUCGCGCGUGCUGCAGGCCGGCAGACUGUGGAUAUCCGAGGCUAGGUAUAAGGUGGAGGUGAACAGAGCGCCUGCAGGGAACUGGGUGCUCAUUGAGGGAAUUGACCAGCCGGUCGUGAAGACCUGCACCAUCACAGAGGUGUCCGGCAAUGACCAGGCGUACAUCUUCAAGCCACUCAAGUUCAACACGAGCUCGGUGAUUAAGAUUGCCUGUGAACCCGUGAACCCUUCAGAGCUUCCCAAGAUGCUGGAUGGACUGCGGAAGGUGAACAAGUCCUAUCCGCUGCUGAACACAAAGGUGGAGGAGUCUGGAGAACACGUGGUUCUGGGAACGGGAGAGCUAUACUUGGACUGUGUAAUGCAUGAUCUGCGCAAGAUGUACUCUGAGAUCGACAUCAAGGUGGCCGAUCCCGUGGUAGCGUUCUGUGAGACCGUGGUCGAGACGUCAUCUCUGAAAUGUUUUGCCGAAACACCAAACAAGAAGAACAAGGUGACGAUGAUAGCCGAACCGCUGGAGAAAGGUCUGGCCGAAGACAUAGAAAAUGAAGUCGUGCAAAUUGGCUGGAACAGGAAGCGGUUGGGAGAGUUCUUCCAGACGAAGUACGACUGGGAUCUGCUAGCGGCGCGCUCUAUCUGGGCGUUCGGUCCUGACGUCACCGGUCCCAACAUUCUUGUCGAUGACACGCUGCCGUCCGAGGUGGACAAGGGUUUGCUAGCGACGGUCAAGGACAGCAUAGUGCAGGGUUUCCAGUGGGCGACGCGCGAGGGGCCGCUAUGUGAGGAGCCGAUCCGCAACUGCAAGUUCAAGAUCCUAGACGCGGUGAUCGCGGGCGAGCCCAUUCACCGCGGCGGGGGUCAGGUUAUCCCGACGGCGAGGAGGGUCGCCUACUCCGCCUUCCUUAUGGCAACGCCACGUUUGAUGGAGCCAUACUACUUUGUGGAGGUGCUGGCACCGGCCGAUUGCGUAUCGGCCGUCUACACAGUGCUGGCUCGACGGAGAGGUCACGUGACGCAGGACGCGCCCGUUCCUGGCUCCCCGCUCUACACCAUCAAGGCUUUCAUUCCAGCCAUCGACUCGUUCGGGUUCGAGGUCGACCUGAGAACUCACACUCAGGGUCAGGCGUUCUGCCUCUCCGUGUUCCAUCACUGGCAGAUUGUACCGGGAGAUCCCCUUGAUAAGAGCAUCAUCAUCCGACCACUAGAGGCGCAACCUGCACCACAUCUCGCGAGAGAGUUCAUGAUCAAGACGAGGAGACGAAAGGGUCUCAGUGAAGAUGUCAGCAUUAACAAGUUCUUCGAUGAUCCCAUGUUGCUGGAACUCGCGCGGCAGGAUGUCAUGCUCAACUAUCCCAUGUAGAGAGGAUGCUAAUGCAUCUUACCCAGAACAGGGUAGUCUGCAUCCUUUACAUCGCUUGAGGCAACCACAAAGUAAAUCGCUGUAUAUCUGUCUCCUCCUUCUCCUCCUCCUCCUCCUCAUCCUCUUCCUUCUUCUUCGUCACCCUCCUUCUCCCUCUUCCUCCGCCUCCACCACCUCCUCCUCCACCUCCUCUUCCUCCUCCUCUCUCCUUACCUGCUUCCUCUGGCUUCUCUUUCAUUUCAUCAUCUUCUAUUGCCACUUCUGUGUGAAGAAACCAAACCUCGUGUGGAGCACUGUACACCUCCCGUUGUUGUCACACUCUGACAUGUUCCGGAUGUUCCAAUGAUGUGAACACACAGGAGAGUGUUCUGUUCCUACUCCACUCACAUUACAGCGUUCUGGCACUUAUCGUUCAGUGAUGAGCAGAAUCAGGCAGUCUGGCAGUGCUAUCACGUGAGAGAGACACGUGUGCAUUGCAAUAAUUUGAUACAUAUUGCACUCCGAUCUUUUAGCAUCGACAUGCACUGUGUAAAAUAUUGUUGAUGUAGUAAUGUUAUGAUAAUGUGUAUCGAGUUUUGACAGUUCUGCGACAUCUGUUUCAUUGUAUCAUCGUUCCACUCGUAGUGUGUAUGUGUGUGUGGCGUGCAUGUGUGCUUGCACACGUGUGGAUAUGUGUAAAAACGUUUUAAUACGUUUGGUACUCAAGCCUCGUAAUAGACCGUAAUGAAGAUCGUGAUAUUAAAAAGGAUUUUUCUAGUAAAAUUCGCUAUUGCACAAGAACUGACUUGGGAAUUAUAGCAUUUCAAAGAUGUUGUGAAAUAAAAAUGUCGUACUAUA